ACCGGUGGUAGAAAGCGCCCGGCUUAUCAGGUCCUCAGCACCUCUGCAACAGUAGUCCCAGAGAUUAGGAAACCUAAACUCAUUGUUUAAAAGAAUUUAAGCGGGCUUGAUUCAUUAUUUACAUUUGUUUAUGCCAUAAAAGGGCUAGCUGGAAUAAAGUUCGUGUCUGAAUUACUAGGCGGGUACCGCCUCCCCCUGAAAUUGGUCAGAUCUUAUGUUAAAAUAACUUUACUAUGGAUUAUAAAUCUUAGAACUGAUAUCAAUAGAGUUUUUUUGUUUUGAAUGUGAAGAAUAUGGAUCUCAGAAGAAAUGCUUUAGGAAUUGUUCUUCUUGUUUGUAUUUUUGUUUCUCUAUCACGGCAGGAGAGCACCAGGGCGACUUUGUUUAUCACUCUAAGGGAAUACAACAACACAAACAGCGAACUGUUUGAUGGAAACUGUUGUGAUGGACUCGCCGUGUCAAACAAGUGCAGCUCAGACAGGUGUGAUUACGUCAUCAAAAUAUGUGUAUCUCCAGAUGAAAAUGGAAAGUGGUGUCAGUCUACAGAAUUAAACGCAGAUCAACCCCCGGAUCUGGUGUUCCUGGAUCAGACACCAAGAGAGCUGCCUAUUGCAGAAUGGAAGGGGAGUGCACGUGUGGACAUCAGUAUAACAGACAUUGAUGGUCCUUCCACACAGCAACUGGUCGAUAGGUUCUCCUUCAAUUACACAGAAAAAGGAAGUAAGAUUCCCAAACCCCGGGAACUUCUAUUGAAAGGGAAACGCCCAAAGCCAUCAAGACUGAGACUGUCAAUGGCGAUACAGUGCCAGACCUACUACUAUGGUGACGAAUGCUCCGUGUUCUGUAUCCCCUCUGUGGAUUGUAAAGGUCACUACAGGUGUGACGAGAAUACCGGGGCCAAAAUCUGUGACCAGGGCUGGGAGGGAAAGGACUGUACCAGACCAAUAGGAGAUGGCAGCUGUCCAGGACAACAUUGUGAAAAUGGUGGGACUUGCUCUAUGGAUAAAUUCAGCAACACAACUAACGAUGUCUUUUUCUGCUGUUGUCCUCCUGGUUAUACCGGUAACAGGUGUGAAAUAGAUCUAGACGAAUGUAGACAAAACCCCUGCCAGUAUGGUGGAACUUGUCGAAACACUCCAGGGAGCUACAUCUGUAACUGUCACCCAAGAUAUCGCGGAAUGAAUUGUGAAAUUCCAACAACAUGUAGAGACAACCCAUGUGUUCAUGGAAAAUGCUCUGAUGCAACAAACGGUACCUUUACCUGUCAUUGUGGUUCAGAAUUUUCUGGAAUGUUCUGUGAAAAUGUAAUAACAACCACAACCAGAAGCACCUCUACCACAUCAACAACAACAGAAUCCACGACAACCACAAGCACAACGACAACACCAAGAACAACGACAACACCAAGCACAACAACUACAACGAUACCAACGACAACAAAAGCAACACCAACGACAACACACACCACUGAAACUUUUACAAGCACCACAACUUCUGUUACAGCAAAAACAUUGCUAACGACGAAACCCUCGAGCACCAUAGAUACUACAAAACACAUGACAUCAAAUAUAGUCACACCAUCUUCCGGAAAGGUAUCAUAUAACUGUUCAGAGAAUGCAUGCAGGAACAAUGGUAAAUGUAUUAAUAGUGCAUGUCAGUGUUUAUUAGGUUUUUCUGGACAGCUUUGCCAGAAGGAAGUAAUCGAAUGCCAAAAUGACACGUGUUUGAAUGGAGGGUAUUGUAAUGAUGUUGUUGGGAAUUAUUCAUGUGAUUGUCUUCAUGGCUUUGCGGGGUCUAGAUGUGAAAAGCAUGCUGGUAGUAGUACGGUUUCUCCAACAGUUAAUGCAUGUGGGUUUUGUGGAAAUGGUUCUUGUUUAGUGCUGGGAAAUGGGACUGCAUUUUGUGUUUGUAAACAAGGGUUUAGCGGAAAGACAUGUGCCCAUUCCAAUAAUUUAUGUCGUCCUUAUUCAGAUGCUUUAUGUUUUAGUGGCAGUCAAUGUAUGUUAAAAUCAUUUAGAACAAACACAGACAUUUGCCCGCAUGGUUGGGCGGGUCCAAUUUGUAGAAAUGGAUCAAUUGCUUUGUCAAGAGAUCUGGAGUGUCCACGAGUUGUAUGUAAGAACGAUGGUCAUUGCUUCAAUGGAAAGUGCUGUUGUAGACCUGGAUAUAAAGGGGAGUUCUGUGAGGAAGAAAUACUGCAUUGUGAUAGCAGUCCAUGUAAGAAUAAUGCAACAUGUAUAAAUAUAUACAACGAUUUUGAGUGUCACUGCCAAAUGGGAUUCACUGGACGAUCUUGUGAAGUAUCUUUAUUUUAUCCGCUAUUCCCCACUACAUCACAGUCAUCUGAAGUGACGACACAGCCAAACAAACCGACCAUAUCUCAGCAAAUAACGUCCACAUCCUCCAUAGAUUCAUCAUCUAAAGAAACGUUAUCUAUUAACCCCACAACAUACGUUUCCCAUAAUGUACCAACGGAAUCAUCAACAUCUAAAACAACAACUUUAACAGAGACAACAGAAAAACAAACAACAGGUUUGAUCCAUAAACAAACAUCGUUUCCUGUUUCCAAAAAUGUACCAGUGACGACAGAAGCUUCGUCAUCGUCAGUUACUCAAACCAUAACACAAAAGUCCACCCAAGUUUCAUCUACUGACUCUGCAACACUUUCUUCAAGGACCACGAAACAUAAUUUAAGUACAAUUAAAACUCAAAGGUCUACCACAACUGACUCUGUGUUUGCUCGCUGUUAUGGUGAUCAAUGCUUCUUGAAUGGAACCUGCUUAAAUACAUCAUUUGGUAGAACUGAAUGUAAUUGCAUGAAAGUAGAUAUGGCAAAAUUAUUAAUAGUAGAUUGCAAGGUUGUAGAUACUUCAUUGACAACUGUAACGUAUAGCAUAGCUUCAAGUUCGUCAUUUCAGACGACCACACCCUCGGGUGGCUCCCACACGACAUCUCAGGUAACUUCCUCCUACACUAGUUCAACGCCAAUAUUAUCAACAACGAACUCUAAAUCCAGCCUCAAAAUAUCUCCAUCUACCGUGAUGACUGUGACGAAGGUACGCUCGACCCCUUCACAAAAUAGAGGAAAUAUGUCUGUGACACUCAGCGGAAAAAUUCCCGAUAAUGAAAUCCCGGCGAUCAAACAGGUGAUAACAAAUGCCGUCAAAAACACUUCCAAAGGAGAGAACUGUACGGACAUCAACAUUUUGGACAAAGAGUAUCUGUACAGUAUCUCCAGAGACGUAUACACAAAAGUCAUCUACAACAGCUCAGAUUGUCCAAACGCAGCAGAUUUGCAUAAAAAUCCAAAUCUCACGGAUUCUAUAAACAACCAACUUGCUAACUCUGGUCAGCUUAGUAAUUAUGGCGUGUUCAGUGGUAAAACAACAGGACUGGGACGAAGUUACCACGUCCCUCUCAUUGGAUACGUGUACAAUAUUUACAGGAGCGGCAUCAAGACUGCCAUUAAACAAGCAUGGUCGAACGCAGGAAAUAAGCUUGUUGAUGUUCUCAUUGUUGAUGCUGCGUACAAAAUUGGAGAUUAUGGAAUAUAUGUAACGGAUAUAUCAUACCUAGUCACAAGUGGUCUAACAUUCCUACAAGCUAAACCGGAGAACAUUCCCAAAGAUCAGGCGUUUUAUAAGGAGUUCCAAACAGAAUUUCCAGAUAUGCAAGUCAUGAUGUAUACUGGAAACGAGAGUUACGGAUAUGAAUCAGGACUUCGACUGUCUCUACAACAAAGAAAAAGAACCACAUCUCUCACUGCUGCUGAUAUUUACAAGAAAACUCUUGCAGUUUAUAAAAACGCCCUAAAAGAUAAUGGGCUCUGUCUGCAGCAAGCAUGUAAUGUUGGAUUGAAGCUUUCUCCGUUAGAGGACACCCCUACAAAAGAAAGAUCAGUUGAUGUCAUGCUGUACCCAACGUUAGACGGACAUCUCAACACAGAGCCAACGGUGCUUAAAGCACUGAUAACCAAACUAUCGACACAUUAUCAGAUUUGUAAUGUCUGUAAAAACCCAAGGCUCCAUUAUGUGGACAUAGCCGGGCGUGUGAAGCUCAAAGAUGAAAAUAAUAUUAGAAAUGCAAUAAAUACAGUUUUUGAAACCAUUGAUACUUCCUGGAGGAAACAAUCCUUUUUAAGCAGACAAAAUUCAAUUGCCACGAGACUGUACUAUCUACCGAGUCAGCCCAAUGACACAAGGACCGAGUGGCCAAGACCAAAUAUGGAGGGAAAGUUAGAUCUCAUUAACAAUUCUCUGAGUAGUUUAAACCGGAGGUUGGCAGUAGAUAGGAUGAAACGGUUACAUCAGCUGGUACUGAAAGAAGCUGUUCCAGAAUCAGAACAAAAGCGAACUUCUCUUUCAUUGAGCACUGCAUGGGCCACAGCAAAUAAACAUGUUUCCCAGCGUGCUUUGACCACAGACAUCCAAUCAUGGAACAAUUUUUAUGUUUCCUCAAAAGGGGAGACCGUGACCCAGAUAAAGUAUACGGUGAAUGUCAUGAAUGCCGAUUCCAGUCUAGCAGCGGUGUCCUCUCCCAGCGUUAGCGUCAUGGGUAACGUUCUGAAAUCAGUGUGUGACUGCAGAGCCUAUAGGGUCAGAAUGUUGUGGACAAAGGACACGCAGGGAUUCAAUUCGACAGUUAUACAGAAAGCUGUAUCAAAUGCAUGGAUCCUCGCCAAUAAUGGUCUUGGUCUAACAAUUCCAGUUAAAGUACUCAACACAGAGUCUGGAUACGUCGCUGGAUCUGGAGACAAUGUACGUAUGUACACAUAUUUCAUACAGCCAAGGAAAGGGCUAAUGGAAGUUGAGGAGGACGAUUUGGACGAACCCUCCUCUGUACAGUUAGAGCAGGAGUUGUCUAACCUGGUUCCCGGGUCACGUGUGUUUUCUACAGCCUCUAAAAAGUCAGAACCAGAGGGAACAGAAUGGUGGGUUUACGUCGUGAUAGCUGUAGGAUGCUUAGCACUGGUCAUCAUACUAGCCACGCUCAUUAUCUCAGCCGUGAGAGCUCGAAAUCAUCGUCAGUCGAGAACGCUGAAACAGGACCCAAAGCAGAUGAAUGGUUACGAUAAGGAACACUUUUCUAAGGAACCGGUGAUGGAGAAGAAUUCCAAUGGACUAUAUGCAGUGGAGGACGAAGAUACGGACUAUUCCAAAACUACCUAUAUAGUGAAUGACGCUUUUACCGACAGUUAUCGAGAGUAGGCGACAUAGCAAGGGCCAGCUUUUAUUUGUAGAGGUGUUGCAAUAAGUUCUUUAACAUGUUCAUUGAGAAGAAAAGUAUGCAAAGACUAUAUUUAUGCUUUUUAAGUGAAGGGACUGAUAUGUUUGCGGUAUGAUAACGUACUAAUUGCCAGAAGACACGUGAAUGUGUGUGCGUGUGUAUAUGUGUGUUGAAUGAAAUGAUAAAGAAGAGAUAAUGAUAUUAGAUUUAUUUUAAUCAGUUGUGUUCAAAUAUUCUUUUCAAAUAUCUAAGAAGAGAUAAGACUGCAUUAAUUGUACAUACUUUAAAUACAUUGUACAUAUUUCAUCCAUCUUUUUGUACUAUAUUGUUU